UGUAUGCGCGUGCAUGAUGAGUAUGUGCAGUGUGCGCGUGUGUAGCGCGCGGAGCGGUUCUGCUUAUUAUGCACGCGGAGGCUGGCGGCACGAGCGUCUUUAAGGAGCAUCUAUAUGGACUUGUCUGUUUGUUUGUUAAUUUGUUUGUUUGUUUUGGCUCCGCCUUCAGCGGUAAAAGAAGAAGGUGCAAAAAAGAAGGAAUAGCAGCAGCACCGGCAGCGCGAGCAGACCCCUGUGCAUGGCGCACGAGCGGAUAGCGUAAAGAAGGGGGUAGAGGACCACCACGACCACUAAACUUCAGCACUGCGCGCGGAUGGCUGUUCUUCUUUGGAUGCACCUGCCAGAUCGCCGCGCCGUGAGCGCGCGGGGACGCGCGAUUGAAGUUGCCCUUUAAGACGCGGCGUCUGCGAGCGCGCAUUGGGAGAAGUCCGUUGGGGGUCUUUGAGGGGCUUCUGUGGAUUACUGUGUCACUUUUGUUGUUUGUUAUUAAUAAUAUUAUUAUUAUUGAUAAUAUUAGCGUUGUUAUUGCUGUUAUUAACAUUCUUAACAUCCCCUCCGCCAUGCAGAUGAGUCAGAGCGCGAGCGCCGGGCUGUGUUUCGCCGCGAGACCCGGGAAAACGAGACGAUGCAGGAUGCAACGCUUCAAAGGACUCCUCGGUUUUAGCAUCAGCGCGUGAACACCAAAGUGAAUCAGUGUUUUUCUUUUUUUCGGAGUACUCUUUUUAAUUUUAUCCGAUAUUUUUCCGGUUUCAGCUCUUUUGCAUUUUGGUUCUGUAUUUUUAGCUCAUUUUGCGUUUUUUUAUUUGUUGUUGAAUUUUUGUUAUCUUUCUGCUUUGGCUAUUUUUUGUUUCGCAAUUUUUAUUCCAUAUUUUUUGUUGCAUUUUUCUGUUCUGUUUUUUGUUAUGUUUUUUUGCAGCAAUACAAAGUGCACUAAGGUGACGACAACAAGUAACAGCAACAUAUUGGAUAAUAAAAAGUAGUGAACUGUCUUUAACGGAUCGUUUUCUUUUCUUAAAAAAAAACCUUUUCGCGUUUUAAAGCUGUGGAAAACUGGAGGAUCGUUUCUACCAGAACGCGGUGGAUGCACUGGAUGCACUGGAACAGUGGGAACUCAAACUGGGAUUUUGUUGCUGGAGAUAUCAGCGCAGAAGUUAUGUAAUGUAAUGCACACCUGAAAAAAAUGACACGCACCACCAGGUCCUCUGGAGAACCUCCAAAAACCGCACUCUUGGUGAUUAAACCCUAACAUUUUAGGGAAGAAGUAAUCGCACAUUCCUGGAAAGCAGCGAUUCAGCGUCCGGCUUCAGCUCAGCUAUUUCAUGUCAGACAAGGCUGCCGCUGCGUCGCCAUGACGACCGAGGAGUGUCCCAUGCCGCUGGCUGUGAGCCAGGCAGGUGCGGGGCUGUGUGAGGAUUACGGCCCCUCCCAGGGGGACGACAUCAUUGAGGAGGUGGGGCCCGAUGACGCGGCCAGCGACCUCAGCACACUGGUGGUGCCGUUUCCGGAGCUGGCGCCGGUGGUCUUCUUCUGCUUAAAGCAGACCACCUGCCCUCGCAACUGGUGCAUCCGCAUGGUCUCUAGCCCAUAUCCUUUACAGACCAAAAUCUACGUCACUGUGAGUCAUGAGGUUCUCUACUGACCUGUCUUGGGUCAAUUUCU